GUAUGCGAACUCAAUUCUCCAUUAACUUCGCUGCAUUAUAUUUUUCAUUCAUUUUUUAAGUUGUGUAUUUUUUUUAUUGUUUUAAUCGCACUGAGGCGAUUGCAUUCUGUUCGUUUUUUUCAGUUACAAUUGUUAUCUAAAGCAUUCAAUGAUAAUAAACGUGCGAUAAAUUAACGAAAACGAAAUUUUCCGAAAAAAAAAAUACGAAUGAGGUAAUGAAAUUCAAACAAAACGACGAUGACUAAUACGAUGUUAUUGACAAGAAUUUGUCUACUGCUAUUAGCAUCACAUUGUACAACAGCACAAUUCUCGAUCGAUUCAAAUGAUACAAAAUUAGAGGCUCUCGGUAAGCCAUUGGCACAAUAUAGCAAUGGUAACUAUGGAAAUUAUGGCAAUGGAUACAAUGAUCCCAAUCAUGAUCCAACACGUUCACCAUUCGGUUAUGGUGCAUCGAAUGAAAUAACCGGAAUCAAUACGAAUCCAUUUUAUGAUCCAACGAAUCCAUUGAGUAAUUCCCCCGGUCGCGGUACAUACGAUUCCAAUUUCAAUUCGUUUGGCAGCAAUGUUGGUGGUUCGAAUACAUACAAUGGCUUGGGUGGAACUUACGGUGUUGGUGGUUAUGGUGGAUUAAAUGCUGGCGUCGAUGGUAUUGACGAAAAUAGUUUUUGUCCGGAAUUUUGGAUUGCAUAUCGAAGUUCAUGUUUGCGAUUUAUAAAAUCACCAAAACGUAAUUGGUAUGAUGCAAAGAAAAUUUGUCAAGCGUAUCGCGGUGAUUUGGUGAAUGUGGAGAGUGUAGAAAAACAUUCAUUUAUUUUGAAGCAUUUAAUUGUACAAGAUCAAAAACAAAGUCGAUAUUAUUUAUCGGCAAAACAAGUAGCACCAAAUAGUUGGUCAAACGAUGACGGUUCAUCGCUGGUUAUUGUUGACGAUGGUUUUGCCUACGAAGAGACCGAUUUUGACAUUGAUACACUGCAAGAGAAUUUACAAGACACCAAUCGAUAUUAUAAUCGCUUCGAUCAAAUCAUUCGAAAAGAUCAAAAUUCAUUGUACAGCAUGGAAAAGAAUCGAUUGGUUUAUGGAUAUUCACGUGCCAAAGAUCGUUGGCUAUUCAUUCCGGUCUUUGAAUUCGAACAGCAUUUAUUCAUUUGUGAAUCACAUCAAUUGUACAAUCCAAAUAAUAUAAAUAUUAAACAAGAUGAUCAUCGUGGUUUUGAUUAUGGUAUUGAAAUUACAACUGAAUUCGCAAAAAUUCCGCGUGGUCCAUAUUUUGUGAAUCAACCGAAUGACACAACAUUUGACACGGGCAAGCGAAAAAUUCGCAAUGAUGUAACGUUGAGCUGCUUGGCGGCGGGCUAUCCGACACCGACGUACAGUUGGUACAAAGAAGAAUAUGUCAACGAUAAUCUAACAUUUUAUAAAAUCGAUCCAUUGUCAGACAGCCGGUUCACGAUUAGCGGUGGCAAUUUAAUUAUCUACGAUCCAGAUCAAACACACGAUCAAGGCGUAUACCAUUGUAUAGCCGAAAAUAAAUUUGGUCGCAUUCGUUCUGAAAGUGUUUCACUCAAUUUUGGAUACAUUAUGGAAUUCAAUUUGAAACGUUCGGGCCAAGCGGGCAAAUCUAAUUGGGGACAUGCACUGUUUUGUGAUCCACCACAACAUUACCCCGGUGUUCAGUAUUAUUGGUCUCGUGAUUUCUUCCCGAAUUUCGUGCAAGAAGAUCAACGUGUGUUUGUCAGUCAUGAUGGUGCCUUGUAUUUUUCCGCUUUGGAAGUCAUUGAUCGUGCUAAUUAUUCGUGUACAGUUCAAAGUUUGGUCAGUUCAACCGGACGUAAUGGACCAUAUUUUCCACUUCGUGUGAAUCCACAUCCAAAUUAUCAAGAUUUAAUUUUUGCCAAUUCAUUUCCGAAAGUAUUUCCCGCCUCACCAACAGCCGGCCAAGAGAUUCGAUUGGAAUGUAUGGCAUUCGGUUAUCCAGUGCCAAAAUAUAAUUGGACUCGAAAAGAUGGCGGCUUACCAAGACGUGCCUACCAAAUCAAUUACAAUCGUGUAUUAAUCAUACCGAACGCAACGCUCAACGAUAAUGGCGAAUACGUUUGUUCGACAUUCAACGAUCGCAAAGCAAUACAAAAAUCCAUCGUACUUAAUAUUCAAAUGCAGCCAAACUUUACCAUUCCAUUGCGCGACAAAAUCAAAGAUUUUAAGAGUGAAGUUAGUUUUAUUUGUGAAGCAAAUGCCAUACCAGAUGUUAAUUAUACAUGGUAUAAAAAUGCCGAGCUCAUGGAACGCGAUAAAUUGGACCGUGAUAAGUACACAAUACAAGACAAUGUUCUGACGAUAAAGUUCUUGGAUCCGGAAAAAGAUGAUGGAAUGUAUCAAUGUGCGGCCAAAAAUCAACUGAAAACGGUUUAUUCGUCCGCACAACUGAGGGUCUUAUCGAUGAAACCAUCGUUCCAUAAGCGACCGCUUGAAUCAGAGAUAUAUGCUAUUUACAAUGGGAACACGACAAUUGUUUGUGAUCCUGAAGCGGCGCCCAGGCCGAAAUUUCAAUGGAAAAAAGACGGCAGCAUUAUAGGAACCGGAGGCCAUAGGCGAAUAUUACCAACAGGCACAUUGAUUAUAUCGCCGACAUCUAGAGAUGAUGAGGGUAUGUACAGUUGUGUCGCAUCAAAUGAAUACGGAACUGACGAAUCAAGGGCAAGACUAAUUGUUUUGGAGGAACUUCGUUUCACGCAAUUGCUUCAGCCACAAGUCGUUGCACAAGUACAUGACUAUUUAUACUUCCAUUGCGAUGUGAGCUAUGAUUCUGUUUUGGAUGUUGCAUUCUUAUGGAAACACAAUGGUCAAUUGGUUGUGGAAACAGAGCAAAUUAUCAUCGAACAAAAUACAUUACAAAUCUUUAAUUUAUCAUUGUUGGACGGUGGUGAAUAUGAAUGUGUCGCAAAAUCAUCAGUCAAUGAAAUCUCUUCGAAAUCAAAUGUAGUUGUGCUUGGACCGCCCGGAUCACCAGGUGGUGUGAAAGUGAUUGAUAUUCAUAAAACGAAAGCAUUUUUGGAAUGGCUUGAUGGCACUGAUAAUGGCCGACCAAUUCUCUAUUAUAAUAUCUUGGGUCGUACAAACUGGAAUAAAACAUGGGUUAAUGUGUCACAAGAGGUGCCGGCCAUUCAAAUUGAUCGUUACAAUGGACGAAAACAAGCGGAAAUAAUGAAUUUAACACCUUGGUCGGGCUACGAAUUCAGUGUGUGUGCAGUUAAUGAAUUGGGCAUUGGGGAGCCAAGCGCUCCAUCGCCAUUAUAUAAUACACACAGUGACAAACCAUAUAUACAUCCGGAAAAAGUUGGCGGCGGUGGCGGAAAAAUCGGUGAUUUGACAAUAACAUGGAAACCACUUUUACCACAACAACAAAAUGCGCCAGGAAUUCAUUAUAAAAUCUUUUGGCGUUUGCAUGACACAAUAAACGAUCGAACCGAAAAUGAAUGGGCGACCGAAGUUCUUAAAGAUCGCGGUAAUAUCGAUCGUGCCAUUGUUCCAAUUCCAUCAAAGAUGUAUUACACAAAAUAUGAUGUUAAAGUACAAGCCAUAAAUGACAUUGGAUAUGGACCGGAAAGUCCAUUUGUUACAAUCUAUUCGGCAGAAGAUAUGCCACAAGUUGCACCACAACAACCAGUUGCCGUCGGAUAUAAUUCAACAUGUUUCAAUGUUACAUGGAACCCAAUCAAUCAAACCCGCGAAGCAAUUCGUGGCAAUUUGAUUGGACAUCGUCUAAAGUAUUGGAAACAAGGCCACAAAGAGGAGGAUGCCGUUUAUUAUUUAUCACGUUCGAAACGACCAUGGGCAUUGAUUGUUGGUUUGGAACCAGACACACAUUACUUUGUCAAAGUGAUGGCUUACAAUGCAGCCGGUGAAGGACCUGAGAGUGAACGUUAUUUGGAGCGAACAUAUCGAAAAGCACCACAAAAACCGCCAUCGUCAGUGCAGGUGUAUGGUGUCAAUCCAUCGACGGUACGUGUUGUAUGGCGUUACGUUGGUGUUACUCUAGAAGAAGAACCAAUUGUGGGUUACAAAGUUCGUGUUUGGGAAUCCGAUCAAGAUAUGUCAACCGCAAACGACACUAUUGUUUGGAUUGGAAAUGAUUUGGAAGCAUUUGUUGACACAUUAACACCAGGAAAAGCAUACAAAAUGAGAGUUCUUGCGUUCAGCAACGGUGGUGAUGGCCGUAUGUCAAGUCCAACACUUCAAUUCCAAAUGGGCAAUACAAAUUCACGAAACAUGGCAACGAAUCUCCAUUUAAAUAGUACCAUCAUUUUUGGAAUUCUCACGCUAUUCUAUUUAGUUAGACAGAUUCAGUACUAAGAAAAAAAAUCACAUAUCGCAUAAACUAACGUACAAUUUUUUUUGGUAUGUGCGCCAUUAGACCCAAAAAGAAGCUCAAAAUCGAACCGUUUAAUUAAGAUAAUCUAGGCAAGGCAGUAAGUACCUACCAAAUAUGGAAGCGUAUUUGUGUCCACACUUCAAAAUGUUUCGAUUCCAAAUGCUUAUAUUGAAUCUCGUGGAAUGUAUUCUCAUUAAUGAUAGUGAAUAUAAUCUGCUAAUUCGUUUGUACAAUUUUACUCGAAUGUAACAUGAAGAACAACGUUUUUUCAAAACGAAAAAGAAUUAACAAAAUAAUUAAACAUUGAAUUAAAAAAAAAAAUUAAGUCGAGAAAAUUAGGUUAAAUCAAUAUCUGGUUAAAAAGGGUAUAUUUUCCAUAUAUCGUAUUUUGUUUGUUUAAAUUAAAUUCUACAAAUCUGAAUGUAACUAAAAAAACGGGUUAUCGCACAGUGGCGAUCGUAUUAUGUUCGAAUGGCUAUAUAACAUAUCAUAGCUAGAUUAAUGAACACGACAAAAGAGAAAUAUGCCAUUGAUAAACGUUUUGUAUGCAAAGAAAGUACCAGUACAUGGAAUUGUUAUGCUAUGCAUUUGAGCUUUAUUAAAAUCAAAUAGAAAUGUCAAUAUUGUUCACUAUUUUAAGAAAACAUCUUUUAUAUUUCUAUGUGUACCAAAUGAACUACGAGCCAUGAUUAAUUUUUUUUAAAUUUGUAUCAUUCUCUUUCUUAGAUUCUUGUCUCGAUUUUAUUGUAGCCAAUUUUAUUUAGACAUAUUAAUUUUCAACCGUCCAUGCGCAUUUUUUAAUGAAUUUUUAUUUCUACUUUGCGAGCACAUAUAUUUUUGAAAACAAAUUUAUUUUAAUUUAGCACAAAUUUAUAUAUAUGAAUAUUUAAAAAAAAAAAAUUCUUUUGACAAUUUAUUUGGCUUUUCGUAAAAUGAUACGAUGACAAAGACUUUAGAUUCCAAUCCGUCCAUAGUUUGUAAGUUUAGAGUUUAUAUGGCCUUGAUGUAGACAUCAGAGAAGUCCAAUUGUAUGAAUUGUACGAAUAAUAAAGAAAACACCAGACAAUUUCUUCGUAAUAA